UUUCCAACAUUCCAAGUUCCCAAGUCCCAACAGCGUUUAAUGGAGUGCACUCGCGCAUUUCGCGUUGUUUAAGUUGUUUUUGAACUUUUUUCAAUUUAAUGUAGCGUUGCAUUGUGUUUAACCUAAGAAAAACAUUAUAAGUGAUAUUAUUUUUUAAGUUUUUAGUGAGUUUUUUACAUUGAGAUAUAAUCAUGGAGCAUCAUGAUAUGCCAUAUGAAGAACUGGCAUCGGAUUUCCAAAUCUUCACUGAUCCGGAUUUGAUGCUGAAUAUGGAAAAUAUAGAGACAUCUAAUAUCGACUUGAGUGAUAUCGUUCACCAGGCGGGCUACCCGCAGUCACCAGGUUCGGAGACCAUGGAUAUUGCAUCCGCAUCAAUUGUCGAAUUCCCUUUCUCGCCGCAAGGCCGACCACCGCACUUUCCCUUCGCCGGGAAUCUCAACUUCACACUGGAAGUCAACAGCAAGGAUGUCCAUAAGAAAACCUUCUUGUACUCCCACCGUCUCAACCGUAUCUACGUAGACAGAAAGUGUAACUUCAGCAUCCAGUUCAACUGGGACUACAUUAUUGCCCCGCAAAUGUUCGUGAGGGCCACCGUUGUGUUCUCCGACGAGACACAGGCGGAGAAACGAGUCGAGAGGUGUGUUCAACACUACCAUGAGAGUUCUACAGCCGGUAUGCAAGCGGAGAUAGCGAAGAAUGUCCUCCAUUCGUCCCGAGAAAUCGGCACCCAGGGUGUGUACUACUGCGGGAACGUGGACAUGGCGGACUCGUGGUACUCGGUGCUGGUGCAGUUCGACAGGACCGGGCCGGAGCCCUGCACGCACGCCUACCAGUUCUCCUGCAAGAACUCCUGCACCACCGGCAUCAACAGGCGAGCCAUUGCCAUCAUCUUCACCUUGGAAGAUAAGACUGGAAAAGUCUACGGUCGUCAGAAGGUGGGUGCCAGGGUGUGUGCCUGUCCUCGCCGAGACAUGGUGAAGGACGAGACGGCCGAGGGCGUCUACAAGACCGGCAAGAAGCGCAUCCCGUCCAACCAGAUCGACCCGCCCAAGACCAAGAAGAUCAAGGUCGAGAACAACCUGAUGGAGUUCGACGAUAAAGUCUACAAGCUGCCUCCGUUGGAAAUCGUCGGGUCCCGAGCUGCACUAUGCGGCCUCAAAACUAUGCUGGAAAUGAUGGAGCUCGCAGUCGAAUGCCGGAAGAAGAACGAGCCAGACGUCACAGCGCAAUACGCACAACGCAUUGUCAACCUUAAAAACGCCAUACAGAAGAUCGAAAAUCUAAAAACACCGCCGCCGCCGCCGUUGUCACAGUAAUUUGUACCUUAUAACCAGUAAGUUGUUCUUAUUUAGUGAUCUAAGUUAGAUUGUAUUAUUAUUAUGUUUGUAUUUUCGAUUCCAAGUGUUUUUGACAUUUCAUUUUAAAUGUAAUCAUGAUGUUUCUCAAGUACAGUUAGGCUACGUUAAUUGGUGCCAGUCGCAUUUUGAUAAUAUUUACAAUGCAUUUGAAAUAGAUACUAUUGUUGUAGUUCUGUCGUUUCUUGGUUCGGAAUAAUAUUGUGAGUUUUCUUGUCGCUAUUAAUAUAAAUAAGAAAACAUAUGGUCCAUUGACCAAUAAAAUAUUUACCAAAGGCAAGUCAGUCCGCUCUUAAUAUCAAUUGAAAACUCACAGCAAAAUUAUAAUAACUGAGUUUUUUAAUACUGGCACUUUGAAGUUACCUGAAAAAAAUAUACAACAGUUUGGUCCCACCCCUCUAGUGACGUAUUUAUAAGUGUUAGACAAUACAACCAUUGAGAUUACUUACACAGUUCAGCUUAAAUAUACGGCCGAAUACUCAAACUCCACUCAGUUCUAUGCUAUCUUUAUUGUGUUAAAAGGCAACAACAAUGUCAUCAUCACUAUGUCUAGUGAAGUUUGAGUAUUUGCCCGUUAUUUUAAUUCUCUCCAAUUUAACAGAUGUAGGAAGUUGAGAUUACGCACAAACCAUGAGUUUUAAAAUAUUGGGUACAGUCGCAUGACAAAAGUGAAUUAUCUCUUUUAAAUACUUAUUUUUGCAAGUUUCUAAUACAUUUGAUGUUAACAUACUUGUGUCGCUGACUGUACCUCCGUUUGGCUGCCCACCGAAAAAAAAAUCGUGACGUCAUUUGAUCACGAUCAACCUUCUGGUUUGCUAGACAUUUUUAAUAUUCUGCCAUUAUUGCCCAUUGUGAGUUGAACUCGAAAUGUGGUAGAAAAUAUCACCGAAACAAUUUUAAGUACUUACUACUUACUUAGGAAGCUCUUUCAUACAUUUCAUAUUAACAAUAGACCUAAAAUAAUUACUUUUAUGUGAAUUCCAUUGACAUACAAAUACUCAAAAAUAAGAUAAAAAUUGAAAAAUGAUUAAAAUGUAAUAAAAAAACAAAAAUAGUACAUUCAUUGGCUAUAAAUAAGACUGAUAUAAUAUUGUAUUUCAAAUUGGUGGUGGACUUAAUAGUAUCGCAACAAAAUUAAUACAAAUUUUAACGUUUUUAAUUGUUUUUUAAGUCCGCGAUAUAAAUGAAUUCUGCAAAAACAUCUGUCAAUUUUAAAAUUCAAUUCUUUUUUUAAACAUUGCACACUUAUUUAUGUCGCGGACUGUACUUUGUGUAAUAUUGUUAAAUAAGUUUAAAAAAAAACGCUAAAAUUAAAAAAAAAUUGCUUAUUAUUAAUUUUUCUACUUAAUUUUGAAGUUCAUGUUUGUUUUUAGAUUAUCAUGUUAGUCACAGCUAGUGAGUAAGGUUUUUGUACCAAUAUGUGUCUUAUUUUUAUGUAUUGUUGAUACAUUUUACAUUGAUACAUAAUUAUUGAUUAUAUUUUUCUAUGAAUGUUUAUAAGUUGGGACAGUCUGGCCUAUCUGAGUCAUUGGGGGAGGCCUAUGUUCAGCAGUGGACGUUUUGUAGCUGAUAUGAUGAUAAUGAUAAAGUUGGGUGAAAACCAAGGAUUUGAUUUUGUUGAUCUGUUUUUCAAAAUGGCUUCUUUACAAUUCCAGUAUCAUGAUUAUUAAAUAUCCCAGUACAUUAUACAGUAAAAUUAUUGUCUUCCAGUGCCUUAUUUGGAAUAAAAUGGACACUAUUCUUAAAAAUUACGUAAUAAAAGUAUUACCUAUAUAUUCCAUGUUAUAUUGUAUUAUGUGAUUGUUAAAAAAAUGCUUAAAAUGUUAAUGUUUUGGAAUGGAACGUGAUAUUGCACUGGUGGUUGGAAUCUGUGCAAUUUUAUAAAGGUGCUAUACUUUUAUAGCAUAUUAAACCUCCUUUUUUCCUAACCACAGCUAGGUUAGAAAUAUAUUCCACUAUGAUACUCUGUGGUGACUUAAGUACAAUACGUGUUGUACGAUUAGGAAAGAUUUUAAUUAUUUUAGUUAAGCAAAUUAUCAUUAAGUUUUAUAAAGUAAUGUUUAAGUUUAAUUCUUCAUGAAUAUAAUUUAAAAUAUAUUAUGGUUGUUUCGCCUAAUACAUUUUAAAUUAGCGGCUUUAAUACGAUAAUGAAUUGAAUACAAAGAUUAAUAAAUGACUUUAGCUAAA